GGUGUCAAUGAGCCACCAGGAUCUCUUCUGCUACAACUUGGUUCAGAUAUUUCUUCUGGGCUGGCAGAAUGGAAUCACUAUAACUAAUUUGAGGAGUUAAUGCGCUGACCACUGAUGAACAUGAAUAAGAUUGGAGUAGUUGGACUGCCUUUCACCUCAGUCUCAGUGUGAUACUGACCCGCCUUAGGUAUUCGAGGGCCUUCUUUCAAAUCUCUCACAUGGCUGGUUAGUAUAUAUAAUAUAUAUGUACAGGCUCUUUCCUUUCAGGACGGGUAAAACAGCCCCAGACACAACAUGAAGCCUGUUCCCGCAGGUUAUCCCAUAGAACAACUGUCCGGACCUUUUAUCGUAGCCUGUCUCUUGCAUUGGGGACUCUUCGGGAUUCUUUCUAUGCAGCUCUAUUCAUACUAUCUAGCAUUUCCGAAUGACAAACGAUACAUAAAAUAUCUCGUCUAUGGCAUCUAUGUCAUUGAAUUUGUGCAAGCGAUCCUCGUUGCCCAUGACAUGUUUGCAGCAUUCGCAACCGGUUUUGGUGAUAUGGACGCUCUCACCAACAUGCAUUUUGAUUGGCUCACUGUCCCCAUCAUGAGUGCUGUUGCUGCUUGCGUCGGGCAGGUCUUCUAUGCCUAUCGAAUCUUCAUAUUGUCAAAGUCACGAAUUGUCCCUAUAUUUGUCACCUGUGUAUCCUUGACCAGCUCCGUGGCCGCCAUAAUCACAGGCAUCUACUGUUUCCAAGCAGGUGACGUCACUAAACUCAACGACCGGAAGACGUCCAUCGCUGUCGGAAUUUGGUGCGGAGCCUCCGCUCUAUGUGAUAUCCUCAUUGCUAUCUGCAUGACCUAUUACCUUAUGCACAGCAAUACCGGUUUCCCUCGCACCCAAAUUCUGGUUACAAAGCUAAUUCGUCUCACUAUUGAAACAGGAUCUGUGACAGCUGUUGUCGCUCUGCUCAAUCUUAUCCUCUUUUUUACCUUCCUCCAUCAGACUUUCUACGCGACACCCGCCCUUCUCAUGCCCAAGCUGUAUGCUAACACCGUUUACAUGGUACUGAAUUCGCGAAUGCGGAUUAUGGGUGGGCGAGAUACCUAUAUGUCUUCGACCGAUAUGAGCAUCACGACCACUAUAAUAAGAGAUAUCACCUCUCAAUCAGCAGAAGGCACACGGCCUGCGAACGGGACGGAAGAACAGGUGUCAGCGGUCGUGAUAUCCAAAGAAGUAUUCGACGAUAGGCUAAAUGAGUGGACAAGCCACGAGACGGCUGUAUGAGCUUCCCCACAUAAACCGAUAGAGUACAUUCUUUGAGCUCAUACCGUGUAUAGGAACCUGCCCUAAUUUCUCCAUUGUAAUAUGCGCCGAUGCCAAAUGUUACGACCUUAUGUACUGAUAUGCUGUGUGUACGAAUACAUACCCAGAAUUACUUAUUCUCGAC